CAUUUGAGUGUCCUGUACCUCUGCCUCUGACCUGUAUUAGUCAUUGUCUUACCAGCUCCCUGCUGAAGGCCAGCGGUCAGCGUGUAGGGUCCAGACAGAAAUCCUGGGUGGCUGUGCAGAAAGCAGUGUCAUAGGAGCCUGCACCUCUGGGUUUGAAGUUACCAGCACACACACAGUGAGACUGAUGUUCACACCUCACUUUCAUUAUCUUAUAUUUGUUUGCAGUUACUUUUGAACUUGGAGAUGACCUCUCUUCUAGCCACAGCAGCUUGGUUUUUAAUCUUAAGCCAGUGGUUACCACAAUGGGUGAUGGCCGGCCUGUCAGGGCGAAGUAAUUCUUGUAAACUAGACAUGGCUUACAAUGCAUUUGAUGAUCAGUAUAAGGGGUGUACUGAACUAAUGGAUAAAAAAGCACCCCAGCUGUUAGAAAAAGAACUGGAAGUGAAUAAAGAAUUUAAAGAAGAGUGGGAAGGUGCACAGAGAAGAUGGAAGGAAAUAAAGUUGCAUGCAGACCCUUCAAAACAACUCAGUGAUUUCGAGGGAACAGCUCUAGUGGCCUAUACUGGGAAAAUUGCAACAGACUUUAACAAAGCUGUGAGAGAAUUCCGUCAAUACCCCAAAAACUUUCAGUUUAAAGCAUUCCACUAUUAUUUGACAAGAGCUCUUCAGCUUCUGAAGACAAACGAUUGCCGUACAGUUUAUAGAGGUAUUAAAAUAAAGUGUCAAUACAAUGAAGGAAAAGUACGUUUUGGCCAAUUUGCCUCAUCAUCUACAGACAUAAAUGUAGCUAAAGGGUACAUUGAAAAUGGGAAAGGGACACUGUUCACAAUCCGGACCUGCUUGGGUGUGCCUAUUAAAGCCUUUGCUUUCCAGCCAAGUGAAAAUGAAGUGCUAAUUCCAGGCUAUGAGGUAUUUGAGCGAGUCUCCGUAAAUAAAAUAAAUGAAACAUAUGAGGAAGUUUCACUUGACAACCCCCAGAAAAAUGCAAGCAACUACAAUUGCACCUACAGCUCAGGAAUGAAAGAAAGUCCAGCAUUCGGUCUGCUGCUGCUCAGUCUCCUAGGCCUGCUGCUCCUCCCUGCUGAGCUGUAACUCUCCCCUGCCUGGGGCCUGGUUCUGAGUGGGGCCCCAGAGAGGGAGGGAUG